AUGGACCAAUCAGAAGGAUCUCAGACAGUAUGGAAUAAUGUAUCGAUUCAAGGAUCUGAUAUCGGGUCAAGCUUCGGCAACACUACUCAAUUCAACAGCGGUCCCGGUAAUGAAGGCAAUACAACAAGCAACUCAGUGCAGGUAGACAAUCAAGUAGCGAAUGCAGUCGCUAGUAAUGCUUCCUAUCAACUCUCGAUCGACAUGCAAAACGACAACUCUGAUAUGAUGUCGGGACUCAUGGAUAUGAACUCAAUGCUUGGCUUAUAUGGAGGUGCUGAUGAUUUAGGUGACUGGGAUGAGGUUACCAAGGAUGACUUUAGUUUCUUUGAUGAGGCCGGAGGCCGAUAUGUUUAUAGACGCCUUUACAAAUGCAGGAGAUCAUCUAUUCCUAACCCUUUUAACCAACAACGUCGCCCGUCUAGAAUGUUGCCGUUCUAUCAACCAGGGAAAGAUCAAGAGUGGAUUAUGCCUGCAAAGAAGGAAAAACCAAGGAAAACAAAGUCAAGGAUGUUUUCUAUCAGUUUCAACUGGAAUUCUGUCAAAUGGCAAGAUCAAGCCUCAAAGCUUGAGACGAUCAAGCAAAAUAAAAGCACAUCCGAAAAAGCUACAGCUGGCAACAUACCUACAGUCUCUGCGACAGCCUGGGGAAUAUCCACACUAUCACUACAGCAGCCAGCGAAACGUAAAAUGGAGGAAUCGAGUAGUAGUGAUAGUGACAGCGACUCUACUUCAACAUGGUCCGAGGAAAGUGAUGAUGAUACUGCUGUCGAGCCGAACAGGCCUGCGUUUGGGAAGCUGUCUAGGCGAUUUUAUCUCUACGACGGCAACGGCCAUGCUAAUGCUAUACGCAAUAGUAAUGGCAUCAAUAAAGAGGCACAGGAACCAUGGAGUGCCCGAGGGAUUAAUUCUGCAAAGUUCACCAACGCGGUCCUGACUCAGUCGCUCGAUCAAAGUGUUGGAGGGGCGCUUCUAGGGCUGAGAACUUCCUCGACUACACAUACACAGGCUCGAGGGGUUACACCGUCUUUAGCUCGGCUCGAUAGGAUAGCUCCAUUUUACGAACACCAGCGAUCUAAACCGUGGUCAUCAGCAGAGGCUUAUCAUGCAGAGGUCGAGUUUGAUACGCCUUUUACACCUGCAGUUUUAUCAGCGGCUCCACCAGCUCUUGUGGACGAGCCGCUCGUAGUUCAGGAUUCACUUGCUUCAGAGUAUUUCUUGGAGGCAGUCAAGACACUAUGUGAACAGGCUGUGAUGGGUGACUAUCCGUUUGCAGGGUCGAAUGAGGUCACUGGUACAAGUGGAGAGAUCUCUGAGGGGGAGAGUUUCCAUGUGAUGCUAGCACGUAGGAAAGCGAUGAGUGAGUUGCUCCGUACGGGCAUUGCUACAGUCCCAGCAUUAGGAGACGAGUCGUUCAGAAACAUUAUGGAAAUGAAGUCAUUUAUCUUUGAAUUGUUUGAUCAUUUGCGUGGCAACCAGUCAGAGAACACAGUUGCUCUUCCAAUACCUUCAGACGCCUCUCAGGAUAUGACGAUGAGCAUGGCAACGAUUCAUGGGCAUCAUCACCACUCUAGUCAAAACAAUAUUUCGCCGCCAGUCGUUAUGAAAGGACCAUUGACUUUGUUCCAAUACUUUUCACUAGCAGAAGCUCAGCAGAUGCCAUCAAAGUAUGGGAAAUAUCCAGUGAAGAAGAAGAAACCAGCUGAACCAUCACUUGUGCAGCUACAGCCCCCAGAUAUUGUUGUAGGUCAUAAUGAAGAAUGGCUUGAAGCAGCGCCAACCAUUCUACGGUUUUGGGAGAAACUUAGUCUUGAGCCCUAUUCUGCUAAAAAAAAUAUAUCGUACUUUGUGGUCUAUCCGGAAGGUGAUGAAAUGGAGAGCAGUGUCAUUUAUCCUUCUACCUUUGGAGGGUACUUGCGUUUUGGGCUACGAGACAUUGCUUUUACUGUUUAUACAAAGUGCAAGCUGUUCCUUGAGCGACCAACAUAUUCUGAGGGUAUAAUGGCUCAAAUCAAUUCAUAUGCGCCUUCCUUUGCUCUUGCCAGGACUACACCAGUCAUGAUCCAAUAUGAUGUCAACCUGAAGCCAAAUUCGACUCCAAAGCCUCCCGCGACAAUGCAUGUUGGGUAUGGCUUCAGUUUGGAUGGUCGAUGGCUUGUAUGUGUAUGGACAGAUCAUCGAGGCGAAAUGCUAGAGCACAUGGCGCUAGAUAUGAUGGAUAGUUCGGCUCGUCUCUUAACCAUAGCACAGCCUAAGGGUGGACAGGGAUUACUAUCAAAUUAUUUGCACGAAAUAUGGACUAGGACACUUGUUUAUAAGAAGCGUGGAUCAUUUAGCUGGAAAACCAUUGUCUGUAAACUAGGAUUGAUGACACGUGUAGAGUUACAGGAAUGGGCACGUUUGGUAUGUGAUGACAAUGAUACAGCAAUCACAGCGGUCAACAUUGAUUCUCCUUUGAGGAUGUAUCCUCAUAGUCGCGGGGCGGAGUAUUUAUCGUCCAACAUGACUUCAGGUGUAAAUGGAUCCAAUACCCCGAUCAUUUUAGGGAUAGGACAGACAGGGGCUUCAGUAAUAGGCGCUGGACCAAUGGGUCUCAAUACUACAAAUCCAACAGCCACAUUGACACCUGAUGUCUCUACAGCGCCCGCAACACCGAGUAACUCAGGAGUGACUGGUCUAGGCAUCGUUGGGACUGGUAGCAACCCAAGUGGAACUACUGCUGGGACAUCGAGUACUAUGAGUGGAGCAAAUCGAUUGUCGGGCAGCGAAGUUCUGGAGAACAGUGUUGGACAAGUAUAUGCCAUGAUUCUAAACCAUCGUAUCCCUUUGAUUGUAUCGCACGAAGAGACUGCUUUUAGAAUCCCUGCUUUGGCACAAUCAGGGUUAAGCACCUUGCGAACUGAGUCUGGAAAUGAAUUUAGACGUUCACCUGAAGAGUCGAAAGGCGAUAUAAGCACUGAAGAUGACCUUUUGCGUGAACACAUUGGUGCAGACUUGAGCAUGAACCAGAAUCAGAAUCAGAAUCAGAGUCAAAGUCAAGAUAUCAAAACGCACCUCAAGAUGAAAGUAGAGGAACUUGAUCAACAGUGGCAACAGAAAGAGCUGAGAAAGGAAAUGGACCAAGAUACGAAAGCACCAUCGACUCGAUUGAGCUUGCCACUCAGCGAUAACGAUGUGAUCUUACCGCUGUCAACAGGAUAUCUGAUCCAGGUUCCGACUCAAGCUAAUUCUGUCAUGCGUGAAAAGCAUUCACUUGAGGCUUUAGGUAUCGAGGUUCAUCUGCUGCAUCUCCAGCGUACAACGUCACCAUUGGGGCCUGCCUCUGCUCCUGCUAGUGCGACCAACACACCUAUACCAAGCGUAUCCACUGGGACGCUUUUGUCCAACUAUAAUGCGAACCUGCCAUACCAACAGUCAUCACCAUCAUAUCACCUUCCACGUCAUAGUGCGGUAGCCAACACCAAUACCUCAGUAUCAGGUCAACCAUAUAGAUCACCCUCAUUCGCGUCUAUACAAUAUCCAGGGUCACCGCUUGUUGGCUCAUCGCCAUCAUCAACCCUCCCUGGAGGUCAUUCUCAACAGCCGCAUCAGCAACAGCAGCAACAACAACAAACAAGCACUAAUAAUGGUGUAGGUGCAACAACAAUCGAAACAGCUACAGCGGCAAACACAACACGGGAAAUUUUGAAGCAAUUUCAUGCGCUUUCGCACUUGUCUAUGUCACCAGUACAAACCAAUUGCUUACCACACCAUCUAAUUUUGGUCGAACGCUUAACACGUGUACUCUUACUUGUCCAGGACGCUUAG